AGUCAAAUUAGUGUCAGGGAGAGAGAGAAAUAUUAUAUAAUAAAAUAAGAUAAUUAAAAAGAAGAACAUUAAUAAGAACAGGAGAGUGAAGCUACAUUUAAUGAAAAUAUGGGAUCUGCACAUGACCUUGUGCACAUAUUAAAGUGAAUUUAUAUCGUCAUGGAUAAUUAACAAUUUGUCAAUCACAUGAAAGAAGAUCAGAUUUGAAUUGAAAGGUUAGCUUCAAGAUGGACAGCCAGAACCUAUAUAAUGUAUCUCGGCCCAUCUACUCCACACGUGCCUUUGAACAUGUUAAUGAAAAGCAAGCCAGAGAGAAAAAGACCAUCAGAGAAAGGCUCACUAAUUCCUGCAGUUGCUCUGGUAAACGGGUUGUGCGGCUGAUCAAGGGGUUUUUCCCAAUCCUUGAAUGGCUCCCGCAAUAUCAGCUCAGGCAAUGGCUUCCUGGUGAAAUUGUAGCAGGAAUCACAACUGGAAUGGUGUGUGCUCUGCAAGGACUGGCCUACUCACUGCUGGUUAAUGUUGGUCCUGUAUAUGGACUGUUUGCUGCUUUCUUCCCAAUUCUCCCGUACUUCAUUCUGGGCACUUCUAGACAUCUAUCUGUGGGCCCAUUUCCAGUCACCUGUCUGAUGAUGGGAUCGGUGGUGCUGAAUCUUACUCCUGAUAGCCAGUUCAUGGUGCCAGGGAAUGAGACAACCGUGAAUGGGACAGCAGCAAUGGUUCUGAAUGUUCAAGCAAGAGAUGCGAAGAGACUGGCAAUAUCUAUCUCUAUGACUGUACUGAUUGGACUGUUCCAGGUGGGCAUGGGUGUGGCCCAGGUGGGAUACCUGGUGCGUUAUCUGUCUGACCCGCUGGUAGGAGGCUUUACUACAGCAGCAGCAUUUCAUGUAGUAGUCUCUCAGCUUAAACUGAUUUUUAAUGUUCCCACUGGAAACUACGACAAUGUCCUGUCCUUUUUUUAUACUAUUGGGGACAUAUUUAAAAACAUUAAGAAAGCCAACAUGGUUGACCUGAUUGCUGGAGUAGUGACUAUUAUUGUGGUUAUGCUUGUAAAAGAGUUCAACGCCAAAUAUCAGAAAAAACUUCCAGUGCCGAUUCCCAUUGAAGUAGUAGUGACAAUUAUUGAUUCAGGAGUUUCGUAUGCACUGGACCUUCGCAACAAUUAUGGUUCAGGCAUCAUUCUAAAUAUCCCAAGAGGAUUUGUUCCACCUCAAUCCCCAGAUGUAUCACUCUUCAACAGUUUUGUGGGCCCAGGCUUUUCCACAGCUGUGGUGUCUUAUGCAAUAGCAAUAUCAGUGGCUAAAGUUUACGCAGCAAAACAUGACCUUGUUGUUGAUGCAGAUCAGGAAUUGAUAGCCUUUGGAAUCAGCAACAUUUUCUGUGGCUGUUUUGGUGGCUUUGUGGCCACCACUGCACUCUCACGUACAGCAAUACAGGAGAGUACAGGUGGCAAAACUCAGGUGGCAUCAAUAAUUUCGGCUCUGCUAGUGCUGAUUGUGAUCGUGGCUCUUGGGCCUCUACUUCAGCCUCUUCAAAAGUCAGUGCUGGGGGCCAUUGUUGUUGCCAACCUGAAAAGCAUGUUUAUGCAGGUGCAUGAUGUGCCCAUAUUAUGGAGGAAGAAUAGGACCGAUUGCCUUAUUUGGGUGUUUACAUUCGUUGCCUGCAUCUUUCUUGGGCUGGAUAUUGGUUUGCUGGCUGGCCUAGUGUUUGAGCUUGUCACUGUGGUUCUCAGGACACAGUUCCCAUCCACCCCAACACUUGGAAAUAUACCCAGCACAGACAUCUACAAGAAUAUGAAAGACUAUAAAAAUAUCGUUGCAUGUCCUGGAACGAAGAUUUUCAAGUGUUCUGCACCAAUAUAUUUUGCCAAUAUUGAGUAUCUGAAAGACCGGAUAAAGAAGAUAGUGGGAUUUGAUGCAGUGCAAGUCUUUAAGAAAAGGAACAAAGCCUUAAAACAGAUUCACAAUCAAAUCAAGAAGGGGAAGCUCAAAGUCACAGAGAAUGGCCUGGUGUCAGUGGAACAGCUGGGUGUGAUCAAUGAGGGGUAUGAGAAUGAGCAGCAGGUGGAAGGUAGACCACAGGAAGUGGAGAUUGUAGCUCAAAAAGAUGUGGAGGUGGUUGUAGACUGGACAGCUACGCUGCCUGUAAAUGUCACAGUCCCCAAAGUCGACAUCCACAGCUUGGUGAUGGACUUCACUGCAGUCUCCUUCUUGGAUGUAAUGGCUGCAAAGUGCCUCAAACUGAUAAUAAAGGAGUUUUUGCGCAUUGGAGUCAAUGUAUAUAUUGCCGGCUGUGAUGAUGAGAUUGUCAUGAAGAUGGAGUCAAUGGGCUUCUUUGAUGCAAUGGUGCACAGAGGCAUGCUCUUCCUCACUGUCCAUGAUGCUAUUCUGUACAUCAAGAUGGAAACUGCUAGUGAUAUCACAGAUGACCCGAUGAUAGAGAAGAUUUCACAGCUACAGGAAGACAAAGAACCUUACACUGAAGAUGAAGACAUGAUUGAGACCUAUGACAACCAGCACAGGGCUAUCCACAACCUCUCAGGCUAAGCCUGAACUGAUGAUUAUACUGAACCUAGAAAAAACACCAAUAGGGUCUUACAACCAAGAGAAUAUAAGAAAUAGUUUCAGACGACAGAUUACAAGAUUGAAUAUGCUUGUUAUUCAUCCGCAAAGUAUUUACCGCUACAAUUUUAUAUCUGGUUAAAAAGGACUUUCUGGGAUGAAUCACAAUUAACCCUUUAAAUUGUCAUUUAUUUGUCGUAAAGCAUAUUAUUCAAUAUAUAUACAAUUCCUUUAAAUUAUUAUUACAUAACUACAGUGAAAAUGAUAUAAAGAAUGUGUAUAUAAAUGGUAGACCCAUAUACUUUAUGUCCUGGGAGUGUAAGGGGGUUAGGAGUGUUAAUGAGUCUUAAUGUAACAAUAGGUAAUGUUUUUUUUUUAUAUAUUACUAUUUAUGUAAGCACUCUUCUGAUGUGUACUGAAAUUUCAACUAUACCUGAGGCUGUUAAUCAUGCAGUUGGUACUGUUUAAUAUUUAAGAAAAUGUUUUGGACAAUACAAUGACACACUGCAUCAGACACUUUAAGGUAUUUACAGCACUUUUUUAUUUUCACCCCCACUCUCUUUCCUUUAUACUGCAUAACAUGCAACAUUCAGUUAAUACCCUGCUCUUCCCUUAUAAUGUUUUUUUGGACUACCAAGCAUGUCACACUAUUUGAUAUUGUAAUAUCAUUCUGCUAUACCUUUUCUAGAUUUUAAUUGCCAUCAGCCAUAAUAGGAUAAGAUAAUAAUAAUAAGUUAAGUACUAAUAAGUUCAUUUCUGCAUCUAGUAAACUUCUCAGGCAUUUACCUUUCUGUUUUAAUACAUUCUUACUCAUUUUGCUAUUAUUACAUUAUAUUUUUUCUGCACUAUGUAAACUUACAAAAAUGUUAUCCACAAAAGCAUUUAUUUUACAUCUUGUAUAGUUCUGCUUCUCUUGUCUUUGUUAUAAUUAUUUUAUCAUCCAUAUAAUAUCAAUGUAUUCUUUUUUUUUUUGUUAUUGCAAUCCUAAAUACAAAUUCCCCAAAUUAGUCUAGCCAUCCAAUAUUCACUAUUUCCACGUUUAAUCUGUGUAGAAAGAAAAUAUUUCGAAGGAAAAAAGAAUGAUUUAGGAAGAAAGAAUAUUUAUGAUGAAAAAAAGCACAAUUAUUUGUGUUAAAAUAGGAUUUUUCCUAGCUUUUUUAAACUCUACCCAUUGCCACAUACUACAAAGAUUUCAAGAUUCAUUGAUUGAUUGGAACACUGUAGAUUUGCAUGCUAAUUAUACUUGUGUAGGAUUGGCCAUCAUCACACAAGCAAUUUUUUGAA